UAGAGGGCAAAAACAAAUGAAAAUACAAUUCCUUAUAUAAGUUUUUUUGAAGAUUAGUACCUUUGAUCCUUUCCUUUUUUGAAUCCGACUAUAAAAAGACACGCACAUGCAACUGACAACUCAUUGCAUCGACUAUCCCAGCUCAGUUAACAAUAAGAAUGAUGAAAGUACUGAUCGCUCUUAUUCCAUUGUUGGCCGUUUGCGCCGGCCAACUGAACACCUUGACCAACUCCCAAGAAUUAGACCCAGCAGGUAAUUUCCGCCUCAACUGGGAGGUCAUUCCCGAAACAGGAGACAUCGUCUUGGAGAUUCAAGCUAAAACCGCCGGAUGGGUAUCUUUGGAGAUUGUUACUGAUGACGGCAAAUACGCUGAUGUCAUUUUUGGAGGCUACAACGACGAAUUUAAUUUCGGCUACGUUGAGGACUGGAGCCUUGAAUGGGCUGCACCUGCUCACUUGCUUCCCAUUCCUGAUGCCAGCAAAGAUAUCGUGUUGCAAAGCGCUACUUACGUGGAUUCCACCACGACCCUCCGCGUCAAACGAUCACUUAACACCGGAGACUAUUAUGAUGUCCCCAUCCACAGCGGACAGAUGCCCAUGGGUUGGUCUUACAGCACCACCGAUGCUUACGACUCCGUUCACGCUGCGGCCGGUUUCGUCUACAUCACCUUUUACUAAAAAUUGUAAAAAUGUUUGUGUUUUACACACAAAAAUAAACAAGCUGAUCUUAGAUUAUUGAUAAUACGAAAACUUAAAACGAUUUUCAAAAUAACGUUUUGGUAGUGUUUUAACAAUACAUCAAUUACGGCUA